AUGUUUUCCUCACCCGAGUGCAUCACCUGGUUUGCUGCAUUUCUAACAGUGUCCGUUGCUAUAGUAACAGUGAACCUUCUAUCAAUCAUCAUUUUUAUAAAGAACAGAAAUCUUCGCUCUCGUAGUAUGUACUUGGUUAUAAACUUGACUGUUGCUGACAUGUUGGUUGGAGGAAUUUCCAGUAACUGUUCUAAUAUUAUCUUUCUAAGAAUGGGAUGCAAAAAUUUAAAUGUAAGGUUAACUUGGGAAGGAGACAACAUAGUGUCGUUUAUUUUCUACUGGUUUCCUCUUGCCUCUCUUACAAACAUAACUGUAAUUUCGUUAGAUCGGAUGCAUGCGACAUUUCGUCCAUUCAGGCAUCGAGUUAUCAAAAAUUGGGUCUACGGGGUAACAAUUCCUGUUGUCUGGGUAUUAGCUGCGAUGAUAUCAACUGCAAUUAGCAUGCUUCAGUUAUUCGGCAAAGAAUGGCCACACCAUCAGUAUUUCUGGCAAUCAUAUUGCUUAUUAUGUCUUUUUGUUAUCUGUGCUUGUUACGCCUCAAUUAUCGUCAAAAUCUGUUGUGGGGCGCGUCCUCAGCACCAUGGUGCAGCCCGUAGGCAAAGAAAA